GGAUCUUAUAAGGCCACUAUAGGCAUCAGUUUAAGUUGAUUUUCCAGUUCAGGACCACUGUUAGGGAUGCUAUCUGCGAUUUUAUUCCAAAAUCUGCUCUUACAAUCUCUCCAUUCACUGAACUUUUGGAAACCAAAGAGGAUUCCGAUUUCUUAGUUGAUGUGGUGGGUCUGUUGGUCUCUGUAUCGGAAGAGAAAGAAUAUGAUAAAGAUGGAAAGAAGAUGAAGAUGGCUGUGAUGGAACUUGCUGAAAAUGAUCAUAGGAUUCGGUGUGCCUUAUUUGGUGAAUAUGUUGAUGAACUUAAUCGAUUUCUGUCUUCUGGGUAUGCUAAACAGCCAGUUGUGAUUUUACAACUUGCCAAAGUUAAGGUUUUUAGAGGUAGAGUUGGACUUCAGAAUGUUAUGUUUGCAUCAAAGCUUGGAUUUAAUCUUGACAUCCCAGAGGUGGCAGCUUUUCGAAAAAGUUCUAUUCCACAUGGAGUUAGUGCAUCCCAACCCAUUGGCAUUGUUGGAUCUAGAAAAAAUGUCGGAAUAGAAGAAGAUUUUAUGAAGCUCACACCUAGGUGUACUGUGAAGUCGCUUGAUGAUAACAACCGGGCUGGAACUUUUGUUGUACUAGCGAAGAUAGCUGAAAUAGUUAAGGAUGGUCCUUGGUGGUACUCUGCUUGUGUGUGUGGCAGAGGUGUUCAGGCAGAAUCUGGGAUUUACUUUUGUCAAUUUUGCAAUAUCCAUGUUACAAAUGUGACUCCUAGGUUUAGAGUGAAGGUGUUGGUUGAGGAUUCCACUGGUGUUUCUAUUUUUGUCCUCUUUGAUUGUGAGGCAAGUUACCUACUGAAUAAGACUUGUGCCCAACUGUUUGAACAACAUCUUAAGGAUGUUGAUGUUGUGUUUGGCACACAGUCUCCUCCUAUAUUCCAAGAAAUUGUUGGAAAAACUAUGCUGUUCAAGGUUUUUAGUAGGCCUGUUGGGAUGGAAAAAUUCAAAGGGACUUAUCCAGUGAGGCGUGUUUGUGAUGAUGCUGCAAUAGUUGAAAUGUUUGAGCUCUCUGGUUCAGAUUUGAGUCCUGAAAAGGCUGGGUUUGUACCAAAAGGAGAGAGAUCAUUUGGGUAACCCUCUAAGGUUACCAAAUCACCGAAUUUGGGAUUGACUCCUUCCAGCUGCUCCGAACUCUUUGUUGGUUCGC